UUUUUUUUUUUUUGUGGACAGCCUUAUCACAAUGCAGUGGCCCCAGCUCACUGCAGCUCUCUUUUCCUCAGAGCCCAUGACUGACAUCCUGCUGGCUGCUCGGGGGCCGGUGAGCAAAUGGAUGUCAGUGAAGAGCGCUGCAGAGACCGACUCUUGCCAGCUAUGCUCCCUAGUCCAUAAGGAGCUAUUGGAUGAGAGGUUUUUCUAGGUCUCAUGGAGUGGCUGGGCAGCAUCUGGUCUGCUAGGGUUUCUGGGUGGAUGAGCAUCAGCAUCUUCUCUUAAAAGCCCUUUCUAAAAGUGCCGUCUCACAUUCCCAAUCAGUUUGCUAAGCUGUUUUUAUAGACAGUGCCUUGUUUGGUGUCUGUCAUGACCCUGGGAGACAGGUGUUAGGAAUCUGCAUGUGCAGGCUGGGAACUAACUAGUCUGGGGGUGUGAGUCACUGCCCAGGGCCCCACAGCUGGUCAGUGGCAGAGCCAGGCCUCCAUGCUGCAUUUCUAUUUCAGCUUCACUCUAACCAGGCUUACCCAGGUUUCUCCUUCCCCGUGCUUUGCUAAAGCUGUUCUUAAGUGUUCUGUAUACUGUAUCUAUAAGCCCUUGGGACCUGCAGGAAUGAUUAAUUUAAUGUGUUUUGUGCUACGAACUGUUUCUGAACCAGUAAAUAAAAGAUCACACGGCAGCUUCUUGUCUUGGAUUCAGCCAAUACAUAUCUCCCCCAGAUGAUAUACACGAUGCACAUGUCCUUUACAGGAGAUUCCUGGGCCACCAGCAGCCCUCUUAUCUGGAAAGCAACAACAACAACAAAACAAACAAAAAAACCCACAAGGCUUUUAUAGUUGACAAAUCAUGAAGUUUAUAUAAUUUCUCCUAAAAGUUGACCAUUGAGUUCUUGGUCAGGAACACAGCUCCUGUGAUAACUGUUUCCAUGGAGACAUUAGCCUUGGCCCUCAGUUCGGCUUGCAGUACCUUUGCUGGGAGUGGAGAGAGCUGCUGUAGAAGACUGAGGACUGGUUGCAGGCCUCACCUCUCUCAAGAUUGCCUACGAUUUCUGAAGGAAGCUCAUUUCCUUUUUUGGGUUCCUCAGUUUUCUUCUGACUGAAUAGGAUUUCCCUUUGAGAUCCAGGUGGUGUCCUUUAUUCACAAUUUUUCCAUGAGAUAAUAACAUGGAAUGAACACUUUCAUGUGCAGGUCUAGACAGACCCUUUUAAGUGUUUACUAGCUUCACUGGGGGUGUGCAGAUCUGGUUUCAUUCAGGCUACUUGGGCUAGUUCUUCUGUUAAGGAGACCCACAGACCCCAUACUCCCACAGUAGCUGAGCCCUGGUGGAGGGUGAUUUCUUAUGUGUCAGUCCAGAGUGAAGGGGGUCUAGGCCUGGUGUCAUCAACAAGUGACUUCCACUUGGUGACUGAAGGUAAAUGCUUCAUUUCACCUUCCUCAGUGGGAAGAACCAGGGUACAAGGGGUCCUAUCACUCUAUGGUGAAGACCUUGAAUCCCCCUGAGGUCAGAUCUCAGUGCUGUGGACACAUAUAGCUGCAAAGGAGGCUAGGAAAUAUCUUUAAUUGGGAGACCGUGUGCCCAGCAAGGUCGGUGGUGGAAAGGAAAUGGAACACUGGGGAAGAUGGUAGCCAGCCAUUGUGGUGGCAAUGGCAAAGUGGUUAGUUGAUCUGGAGCUAGAGUGAAUGAGAACCAGGGAAUCCCUAAAUCAGGAACCAGAAGUGUGGCAACCACUGAAACCAGGACAAGUACAUCUAGAGCCAUCUAGAGAUCAGAGCACUUCACUGCUCACAGUCAGCAGCCAGCUUGUACCCAGGCAGCAGAAAGGACUCUUAAUCCAAAAAAUCUUAAGUUGUCAGCAAGAGGAAGCAAGCUCACCAAUGUGAUUGGCACAGUAGGAAGAACCCUUGCUGAGGAGUCAGAGACCUGUGUUUGAAACAAGCCUUUCUCUAGCUAGGCCAUGGUGGUGAAUGCCUUUAAUACUAGCACUUGAGGCAGGAGGCAGAGCGAUAGAGAGGCAGAGAGGCAGAGAGAGGCAGAGGUGCAGAGAGGCAGAGGUGCAGAGAGAGGCAGAGGUGCAGAGAGAAAGGCAGAGAGGUAGAGAGAGGUGGAUUUCAGAGUUCAAAGCCAGCCUGGUCUACAGAGUGAGUUCCAGGACAGCCAGGGCUACACAGAGAAACCCUGUCUUAAAAGGAAGGAAGGAAAGAAAUCACCUAUGACCUGAGUAGGACAUUCUAGUAAAUAUUAUAUUUAUAAAAGAGGGAUAGCUGUGAUUGAUGGCCUUUACUGCUGGAGCAGUGUGAGGCUAACGGAUGAGGACCACUCAUCACUUGCAGCUCCAUGGCAACGGGUGGAGCAUCUGUCUGUUCACUGUUGUAUCCAGUACUCCUCCUAGUGCCUGGUGUGAGUCCAUUCCUGAAUGGAGUGUGGAUAUUCCAAGAGGUAGAAAAGGGCAUAUGCAAAGGAGCUCUCUGUCCUGCAGUCCUCUCUUCAGGAAAAAAGGUUCAAGACUCUUGGCUGGAUGAGCAAUGGAACCCACGUAUAAAACCCAGUAGGCAUCAAGUAUCGAGGCAGACAUUCGAGCAUCUCCCAAUUGGGUGACACAGUCUCACUGUGUGGAUGACCAGCUAUAACAUGACUGAAGAUAGAAUCCAUGGGUGUGAACCAGCCUUUAAAAUGACUUGGCCAACCCGCUGACCUUCCAAAGACCACCCAGACUUGAUUUCCUGCUUCAGAAUAAUCAGAUGCAGUUAUAAAAUUCCUUCGAUUUGAAAAGCCUGGCUUAUUCAAACUAUUGCCUUGAAGAAAUGAUCUAGACAAGAAGGUGUAAACAUGGGCUUCAUGGUUUUCUGAGAUGAGAACUUCCAUCCUAGUUUUAGUGGUGAUUUUUUUUUUUCUGCUGGUAAAGAAAUUGGGGUUCUUUCGAUUAAUUACUUUUGUUGCUUUUUUUUUUCAAACUUUAUUCUCGUAUUUGUUUUAUUAUUUAUUUAUUCACUAUGGGUGAGCACCUUGCUGGGAACGGUGUGAAGCGGUUGUAGAUGGGUUUUACUGCAAGAAAAUGUGUUACUGAAAUUUCUUCACAGUGUGCACCCAUCUCUUUUAAAUUCUCAUUAAGGGAAGGAGAGAAAGGCAGCAGAAUAUUAACAGUGCUUCUCAUCUUGUGGGAUUAGAGGUGAUUUUAUUCCUGUUCUUACUGUGUGGUUUCCUUGGCUCAACCCUGCGUGUAUCAGUUUCACAAUCAUAAAAGGGCACAAAAAUUAGCCCUACAAAUAAAUAAGUUCAUAUUCAAAGCCAAAACUAAGAUUGAUUGAUUGAUUGAUUGAUUGAUUGAUUUUGGCACCUGUCCUGGGCUAUGAACUCUCAAAUACUUCCAGACUGAUCCAGACUACUUCCUGACCAAGGCAAUAAGGAACAUGUACAGUGACAGGUAUUCCUCCUAUGUUAGGAAGGAUGUCCAGCAACACCCCUGUGAUUUGGCCAGGCUUAAUCGCAAUAUGUAUGUAUGUAUGUAUGAAUGUAUAUAUGUAUGAUUUUUUUGAGACAAGGUCUCACUAUGUUGUGUGAUCCUUUCUUCUGUACCGCAGCUCCCUGACUCUAUCCAGCAUUAAGGGCUGGGCACCCCUGGCUCUCCCAGGCUCCUUCUAUACCUGAUCUCUCUAUUCAUGCUCAGGUUUGAUUUUUCUGCUGCUGGCUUCUCAAGAGAACUCACUGUGGUCCUCACCUCCCUAUAGUGUCCCUCUUUGUUGUCGCUCAGGUGAGUGAGCCGAGCUGUACUGGGGCAGAGGAGAUUUGGAGGCACUGACCGGAGGCACUGAGGUAGCCACAGACCUUCAAGAAGACACUGGGCUGCCCUUCCCUCUGGGACUUAGCCCAUAGGCAGCAUGGCAAGCUUGCCUGUGGCUCUCAAAGGUGUCUGACUGGUCUCUGAAGCCAGACAGUUCCCAAGCUGUCAUUCAUCUACAGAGUUCUUGUAUUGUGGCAGACUAAAGUGUUCCAUAUGGUGGCUGAGGUACAAGAAUGAGCCAGUGACCUCACCUUAGCUGAGAGCAGCUUUGGGGAGAGAGAGGAAGCUAACCAGGAACUCAAGAAAUAAUUACAUGCUGUGCAACUGGCCCCAGAGGAGGUAAGAAGUGUCUGUUAAUAGUGGCACUGGAGGACCAGAGUGCAUGGGAAUCCAGGACUUUCAUCCCAAGGCCUGGCUCCUCCCAUUUCCCCUGGGCUUGGUGUAGGGCAGUGAGCCUCAGCCUUCCUAAUGCUGCAACCAUUUACGCUUAUACAGUUCCUCAUGCUGUGGUGACCCAUCCAGUCAUAGUUAUUUUCAUUGCCUUCAUAGCUGUAAUUUUCUACUGUUGUGAAUCAUGAUGUAAACAUAUGAUAUGCAGGAUAUCUGAUGUGAAAGGGUCAUAUGACACCCCCCAUGGGUCCCAACCCACAGGUUGAGAAAUGCUGGUGUAGAGAUUAAAAGACCUCUCAGGUGCUUCGACAGCCUGGCCAGACCAGGGCCUGCAGGUGGAGGAUCAGGUGAAGGCACAAAAGCUAGUUUGGCAUUCCGAGUGACUCUCUCUGAGCUGCCCUAGGUAAGUAGAUAGCUUUUUUGAAGACCGAUAAGCCAGCCUUGAUGUAAGAGUCCAGAUUAAUGCUUGUAGCAGCUUUGUCUGAGGCAGGUUUGUGUAUUGUCUCCCAUUAUUUUCAGCAUCUAAGUAGGUUCAGCAAGGAUUUUGGCUGGUACCUCCAGGGAACUAUUUUUAAUGAACUCCUCUGCACUUCCUCAUUAGCCCCAAUUCCUCUCCUGGUAGCUCAGGCUCAGGCUUUCAAACAGACUGAGAAUAUACUAUUUUUACUGUUGUUUCAAAUUCUGGUCACUGGUGUUCAGGGAUCACUGUGUAAGAGCUUUAGGUGACCCAGAAAAGCUUGGUGGCAGGCCCAGGUGAGUGAUCAUACACAGAGUCCUCAUGAAAUCUUCUAGACCUUCCUGACAAAUCUUGGGGUUUGGCCAUUCGUCCUACUCUUUGGAUUUGCUUUUCUUAGAAAACUCUUGGGCCCUUAGCUUUAUGGAGAUACAACAGCCUUCCUCCCAUAGAAUCAGUGAUGAUGGUUCUUUACUGGCCAAAGGAGAAAAGGCCUUUGAAACUUGUCUCAUCCUUAUUUGAUGUGGUGAGGAACGUUUUAAGUUAUUCAUCUCUUAAAGAGGUCCAAGGAGGACUCGCCUGACUAUCUCAACUUUCUUACCCCCUCCCACCGCCUACUGUGACUUUCAGCUAGAGAUCAUUCCCGCAGGGUUGGGCUGGAAGUCUCAGCUACUGAUUUUCUUGGUGAAGAAGGGAGUUUGUUGCCAUUCCUAUUUGGCCAUCCCUACCUUCUGGUAAAAGGACAUCUGUACUCAUCGUGUACAUAGAAAAGAGGCCCACAGAAGACCUCGGGGAAGGAACAAUCCAUCAACAAAUGGACUUUUUCUCCUCAAAUGUUCACUAGGCCAGAUGUGUUAGGUUUUGUGUCAGAUUUUCUUUCAUAGAUCCUUUCGGUUCUCAGGAUGAUUUUGGGGCUCAACUUGCAGACUUGUCAAGGAAGCCUUUUGCUUCCUGCUGCCUUCUGCCUGGGGCCCUGGGGCCCAUUUUUGUCAUUGUGAGAAUGUUGCCUGGUUUGGGGGACAUAGGUGUUGCUUAGCUUCUGGGUAUCCUUGCUCCCAUUUGGAAGGGUCCAGUCACAUCCUUUAUAGCCCAGGCACACCUCCAGACCUCCCUCUAUGGGGUCAACAUGUGACAAAAUGCAUCCAGUUUGCUCUAAGAUAAGCCUGAGCUCUGUCUCUGUCUCUGUACGUGUGUCUCAGUAUGUGUGUGUAUGUGUGUGUGGUUUGGUCCCUGUGAAGGCUAGAAGUGGGGUUCAGGUCUCCUGGACCUGAAGUUAUAGGGAGUUGUGAGCUGCCCUGUAUGGAUGCUGGGAACUGAACUUGGGUCCUCUGGAAGAGCAGUAACCAGUCUUCCCCCUGGGAGCAGGCCCAGGGCAGGCACUGUGGCCUAGAGAGUAAUGCCACUGAACCCAGGAAGACAGUGAAGCUCGGAAACAGUUUAGCUUCUUGCCCAAAUCCUCUGAGCAGGGACUGGGAAGCACAUAGAAGAGCAUUCUAAGAGGAUGAGAAGCACUGUCUGUGGAUCAGGAGCUCGGCAGCGAAGGCUGUCUGAGUCUCUCCCACUGCCACACCAGUACCCACCAGACUGCCGUUGCCUCUCACGCCGCAUGUGCCGAGAUUUCCUCCCAACUCUCAUUUUUCUUGAGUUUUGUAGGAACUGUCCUGUCUCCUGCACUCUCAACAUCGUAUCUUCAGUUCCCCCCAUGCUUGUUAAAGAUGGCUGCAUACUAUUCUGUCCAUCGAGAGGAUGUCUUCAGUGAGCUGGGAGCGUGUAAUGGAGCAGGUUUUAGAUUGCUUUCUCCUUUUUGCUCUUUCAGCUAAUGCUGCAUUAAGCCAUCUUUGUGUAUUACAGAAUCAUUUCAUUAAGUCGGCAUUUAUCUAGCUAAUGGCAAUGGCCCAAGAGUCGACAGAGAGUCAGAUUUUCUCUUUUCAAAAAGAACGCUGUGAUAACGUAUUAAAAAUGUACUUCAUGCUGGAGACAGUCUUUGUUGUAUUUUUCAUGAGUGAAGAAGCCGGGUAACUAAUGAGAAAGGAGGUAUAAGCAAAAGGUGGCCAUAAUUUAUUUGCCUAUGUAGGGAGGUGAAUCAAUAAAUCCUCUUAAGGAGCCAUCAGCCUGUGAAAAUCGAGGACAUUUGUCUCCCAACACUUGAUGCUUUGAUUAAAAUAAUCGUGAAAUAAAACCCGGAUUCCCUUCAGAGUGCUGUAAGAAAUGCCCCAAGACAAAGAAGUAAAUGGAGAAUUCUUUUUGGAGCCAGGGUCUUGUAGGCCUUGUGACCUUCCUGCUUCAGCAUCCUCAGCGCUGGGACUGCAGCUGUGCGGCGACACCAUGCCCAGCUGCACAGAGCAUUUCAGAGGGAAGGAAAGACCACCCCUGAGUGAGUGGGGGGUGGAAGGCCCUGCACAUGCGCACAGGCUUUUACUUCGGCUUUCUGUUGGCCAUCAGGAAGUGACUAGGGUGAAACCAGCAAACAGGUGCCAUGACUUGGUCCCCAGUACUGAGUUAAGCACUGGCUUUGGGGGUGCUGGGAAGAGUCCAACAUCUGCUGCAAUUGCUGAGUUUGUUAAGACUUCUUUUUUCAGUACUGCCUGUGGCCUCGAACAUGCUACACACCUUCAGCCACUUGUUCCUGUUUCUGUUUCUGUGGACCCUGGCUCUAGGCAUCAUGUUUCAUUUUAAUCCAACAAAUGUUUACUAAGUCUACAUAUGUCUAAGGUUACAGGGAGUAAACACUGGGGGAGUGAGAUCCCAGAACCCCUUGUUUCUGAGAGGUUUGUGACCUGGGAGUGGGACAUACGCAGCAGACUUCAAGCUGAUGCUUGUUCAAGAGAUUAAAAGGCGGGCCACCUCUUAGGAAAGGAGAGGUUCUGUCACUUGAGCAGAGUUGAGGAAGGUUUGUGAAGGUGCCUGACUUUUGUCUACACUUUGUAGGGUAGGUUAAAGUGCAGGGUGAGCUUUUCCAGCAGAUGUGAAAGGCCCAGGUGGAGAAGGAGGUGUAAGGACAAGAGCUGUGUUGAGGUUCCGUUGAAAUAUUGUGUGUGUGUCCCAAUGUUCAUGGCCUUCACCUUAGGGUGACUCUUUGGGUGCAGCUGGUUCUAGGCAUGAUUGUAAAGCUUUAAAUGAACUGGCUCAUUUAAUCCACACAGGGUCUCAAAUGAGCCAUGUCUGCAUCUCCAUUUCACAAAGGAGGAAGCUAAGACUUGUAGCUAUGAGUUAACUAUCUAGAAUCACACAGUUAUAUCAGAGGAGACCCCACCCACACACCUCGAGGCUCUGUGUUGCUAACCACUGAGCUGCCCUGCUCUGAUGCGGGAAUGGGGGUGGAGGGAGUAGGCACAAAUGCUGGAAAGAGUCAGACGCUCUAAGGUGAGAAGUUCAGGGGUGAUGCAAGAAGAGAGUCAACCGUAGCCUGGACAGAAGGGAGAAGGCCUCUGAGUGGGUGUGGGAGGAUGGACAGCAGGGUCUCUUCUGUACUGUGCACUUUUGGAGCAGAGCCACUGGAAUGCAUUGUCCCAUCCUGAUAUCUGUGAGAGCAGGGAGCAGGACAAGGGGGACAGAUGAGAGCCAGCCCUGCUCAUCUGGCAGACCCAGGAGCUUUUCUGCAUCCUCAUUACGUUCAUUUGAGAGCUGUUUUCGUGCUGAGACCCAAGUGUGACUCCUCCCCCACCCCAAAUGCUGUGGCAAUCGCUGUUUUUCCUCGAAAAUUGGGCCCAUGUGGGUUCUGUGUGGUUCCAUUUUUAUAGCCUUAUUACCUUGUCCAGACAAUGUAAGAGGCCUCUCUCUCUCUUUAAGCUUUGCUGUGAAAAUCAUCUCCCAAAAGGCACAGAGCAUCUCUCAUCACCUGGCUGGUACUGUCCGUGGCAGUACUUUCCUGCAGCCAUGCGUGCUUCUCUUCCACCGCUUGUCUUGGGUCUCUGACCUCUGGCAAUUUGCUGAGAGCCCUAGGUAACUCUCAAAUCUCACUAAAUGCUGGCUUGUUGCUCCCAGGAGAGUUUGUGCUUGUAAAUACCCAGUCAGCUCUUUCCUUUCUUAUGCCUCCCUCCAAAUGACCUAUGAGUGUCUGAAGCCCACACUGUGCCUCUGGCCUGGAGUUGAUAACAAGAGCAGUUAGCAUUUGGGGAGUCUGAGCUAUUUUCAGGGAAUGGAUUUCUACUCAUCUUAGUUAUCCCCAGACCGUCUGUGUAGGUACUGUGGCUUCUCUUCUUUUGCAGAGAAAUUGAGUCAUAAAAGAAUAGAGAAGGCCAGGGAGAUGGCUCAGGAGGUAAAGUGCUUGAAGAGCUGAGUUAGAACCACUGAUCCCAUGUAGAAGAGGCGGUCACGGUGGCUUACAGCUCUAAUCUUAGUGCUGCAGAGUUGGAGACAGGCAGCUCUUUGAGGCUGGUGGGCUGGCCAAUUUACCGUAAUUGGUAAGUUGCUCCUGCUUCAAGAAACAAGAUGCAUGAGAAACAGAAGAACAACAACCAAGAUUGUCGUUCUCUGGCUUCCAUAAACGUGUAGUGUAGACAUGCACUUGCACAUAUUUGAGCUCUUGCAUACACAAACAUGCAAACACACGUGCACACAUGGUGUCUUAGGGUUUUAUUGCUGUGAAGACACACUAUGACCAAGGCACUCUUAUAAAAGAAAGCAUUUAAUUGAGGCUGCCUUACAGCUUCAGAGGUCUAAUCCAUUGUCAGCAUGGUGGGGAGCUUAGUGGCAUGCAGGUUGUCAUGGUGCUGGAGAAGGAGCUGAUUCAAAGGUAGAAAGGAGACAGUGUGCCACAACUGGGCGGAGCUUGAGCAUAGGAGAUCUCAAAGCCCGCCCCACAGUGACAUCCUUCCUCGAACAAGGCCACACCUCCUAAUAGUACCACUCCUUGUGGGCCAAGCAUUCAAACAAGUGAGUCUGUGAGGGCUAUACCUAUCCAAACCUCCACCCAAGGCUAGACAACCUUGCCUGGGAUCACAAAGCUAGGAAAAGACAGAGUUGGCCUUCACCAGUCUUUGUGCCCUGGAGCCAAUGUACUUGCUUCAUCCACUUAAUAAAUGAUUAAGUACAACAUUCUAGGAACUGUUCUUGACUUAAGGAGCAAGGGAAGAAAAGGGGAGGGAGACAAAAAGCCCACUUCUAGCACAGGUGCAGAUGGGAACUUAAUGGGUCCAUAAUUGGGGAAAGGGAUGUAGGAGGUCACCAAAGAAGAUGAACUCUGAAUGGGGGUUGACCUUGUCAUGGCCCAUCUGGCUCCUGUUCCUUGUUGCUGUGUUGGCACUGGGGAUAAGCUGCCCUUCUCUGAGGACAAGACUGCUGGCAGCCUCAGUUUAGAACGUGUGUGUGUGUGUGUGUGUGUGUGUGUGUGUGUGUGUGUGUGUGUGUGUUCCUUUCUCUGCAUCUGGCCAUCAAUUCUAGAACAAGGCUCUGAUUGGCUUAGUUUGGAGGGUAUACCUCUCCUUUCAGCCAAUCACUAAGAGGCCAGGGAGGGAUGUGUUCCUAUCCCUGCCUAGGCAAACAGCCUGUCUUAGAAGACCUGCACUUGGGGCAGACGAAGCGAGGCAGAAGACUGUAUAGUACAAUAGUGCAGAGAUUCUUUGUUUAGGUUUUUAUUAGAACUAGCCCAGAUCCUGCAUGGAGUAGUGAUUGGGAGACUGUGUGUAGAGGUGACUGGAGUGGUUAGGAGGCUACUAGAGGGACGCCAAGGAUGGCUGCUGGGACGCCAGCUAUGGCUCCUGAGGGAAUCACAGUUGAGUUUUACCUCUAGUUAUGGUGCCAGGAGGUGGAAGAGAAGAUGAGUGUGGGCAUACAAAUAAGUAAACAAGACUUAGUGGCUAGCCAGAGGCUAACAGCUGAGGGGUUUCAGAAGGGUUUGCAUCCCCUGGGGGUCAGGGGAGUAAGGAUUCAUGCUCUGAAAGGUGAACUUGUUGGCUGGAAGUCUGUAAGUGCCAAAGCACUUCACAUAUCUCAUACUCCUUAAGGCUGUGACUUCUUUUUUUUUUUUUUGACAAUAACAUUUUGUUUUUCUUCAUUGCUCUGUUUUUGUUUUCCUCUUGCUUGUUCAACAAGAUUAUGCAUUUUCAGAGAGCAAUGUUUUUUAUAGUAAGAAUGUAAUAAUUACUUAUUGAAUGAAUAUUUGUUUAAUUUACUUUUAAAAUUUAUCCAAAAGCAAAAAGAAAAGAAUUUCUGGGCAAAAUAUAUUUCAUUAUGAUUAUGGUUAUUAUUGUAGUCUUUUAAAAUUGAUUAUUUGGGAAUUAUCAUGCACUCCAUCAUGCUCAAUCCCAGUCCUCCUGUAUCCACUCCCCCCCCCCCCAAAAAAAAAAGAAGAAAGAAAGAGAGAAAAGGAGGAGGAAGAGGAAGAGGAGGAGGAAGAGGAGGGAGGAGAAGAAGAAGAAGAGGAGGAGGAGGAGGAAGAGGAAGAGGAGGGAAGAGAAGAAGAAGAGGAGGAGGAGGAAGAGGAGGAGGAGAAGAAGGAGUCCAUUUUGUGUUGUCUAUAUACUCAUUGGAGCAUGGUCAAAUUCCUAGCGGCCAGCCCUCCAAGGGAGGGUGAAUAUUUCUCCUCCUGUACCCAUACCGGAAGCCAUCAACUGAGGAGAGUCUUGUGGCAGACAGAGAAGAACAGGGCCAGCUCUCCCUUACCCAGGGACAUCAACAUGGCUUCAUGCAGCAGCCCAGACCAUACUUCUGCAUGGGCUUCGAUGGUGACAUGGGCCUCCGACAUUAACACUUCCGCUGGCCUCCUCUGGACCACCGACCCACUCAUGGCCCACAGUGGCUGCACAGACCUCAACAUGACCUCAGCUCACAUCAGCAACCCCCAGCUCUCCGAGGCAGCAAAGCCCCAGGAUACCACCAAGGGGAAUCAGCCAGCAGCACAGACUGCAGACAUCCUCACGAAUCUCAGGCUUAAUUGAAGCCCAGGGCUGUAGUGUGGACGACAGAGACUAGCAUGGCCUCUGGUGGCAUCACAAACCCUGUGGCCUUCAAAGGAAGUCCAAUCUAGAAAGUGAACCCUUCUCCUGCCUCUGUCAUUGAUCAGAGCCAGGACCACCCACCCACUGCUGGGCAGUGUGUUCAGGGGACAGAGUCUCUGUCUGCAUAAGCUCUAGCCUGCAUACCAUCCCACUGAUCCUAGUGGGCAAUGCCAACAUGUUGACCCCACGCGUCUUUCUCACUCCAUCACAUCUCCAGCUCCACCUCUCCACAGUGCACACACUGCUCCCUUGGUGGUGGUGGUUGUUUGUUCAUUGUAGUGGUGCCUGCUGCCUUGUGUGGUGAGGUGGAGGCAGCCUGCGUGUCUUCUGCCUCCUUUGCUGACUUCUUAUUGUGCCAUAGCUGGAAAGGGACAUUGACUGUCUCUCACUCCCUUCAAAAUGUUCCCAUUCUACAAGAGGGCAGAAAAUAUGAGAGCAUCAGGGCUGCCAGGCAAGAAAGGGAUGAUAGAUUGGUGGGGGUGGGGGCAUUGACUUAGAAACCUGGCUUUGCCCUGCACCUGCCCCAGAGCCUGUAGAUUUAGAAAUGCCUGUCCCUCUGGCAUCCUUGCCAGGAAGACUGAAGGAUUCAAGCAAAGCCAUGCUAAUAAUUCAUGAAUGUGAGAACAAGUUUGAGUGAGUGUUGGAUGUGGAGGGAAAGCUAAGGGAAAGAACUCAGUUGGACAAGUUGCUUUACACUGCGGUGCUGACACUGCCAGGAUCAAGUCUCAUGAACAUGGAGUCCACGUUAGAUGUGCUGAGCUUGAGACCCCCCACUAGUUAACAUAGAACAACGUGUGCGUGCCUCUGACUUGACCCCAGCAAUUGACUGUUGGUCAGAGGAGAGGCCCAGGCUGGGAGAAAAAUAUCUGGGUGAGCAUCAGGUGCGGAGGUGAGAUUGAACCAGACUAGAUAGUCCACCAGGGAGUGAGGGCAGAGAGACAGAAGUGAAGUAGGCCCUGAGGCCUCUGAGAGAAGAUAAAGAAAAAGAAACAAAGAGAAGGAGGUGGGGAGGUGAAAGGAAAACCUAGGUGUGCUAGCAGUGGCAGGAGAGUGGCCAGCUAAAGCGGUGAUUACCUGAGGCAAGGUCCUAUAAGGGGGGAUUAGGACAUGACCAUGGGUCUAGUGGAUUGACGGACCAAUCAAAGUUGUGUGUUUAGCUAAGUCUUAACUUACAGACAGCUUGAGUUCCUGUCCCGGUGUGUGUGUGUGUGUGUGUGUGUGUGUGUGUGUGUAAGAGAGAAAGAGAGACAGAGACAGACAUUUAAGAUGGGUUGAAAUUAAUCCAGAAAACAUGUGAUUAUAGUACCAUGGUAGAGUUCAGCAGUGUAUUCAUUCAUUCAUUCAUUCAUUCAUUCAUUCAUUCAUACAUGCAUGCAUGCUUUACUGAGACUUACUGGUCCCAGGGACUGAGCUAUAGUUUCCAUUCUACAGAUGAAGAGUGUUCUGGAGGUGGAUGGUGGCAGUGGCUGUGCAAAGGGACACUGUGAGCACUGCCAAGCUCUGUAUGCCAAAUGGCUGAGAUUAUGAACUUUAUUCUAUAUGUAUUUUGCCACAACCUAAGGAAGAGUCACACUUAAGAGGGCAUUAUGAACCUGGCAUGGGCUACAGUGUUAUAACUGAUAGCAUCAGUAGGUGGUCAAUGCAGUGGAAAAGGACAUCAACCAGAGGGGAUGUUGGGGCGGGUGUGUGUGUGUGGGGGUUGGGUCUGUGUUUGGGGAUUCACUGUCUGUCUUAUCUAUCUGGACAAGCAGGGUCAAUUUCAGGAAUCCAGGUGAGCCGAGGCUGCCACGUGAGGCUGGGCCAGUCGGUACAGGCCUGACAUCCUGGCUUUGAUUCUGAGAGCCUCUGAAGGUUUCUGCCCAGGGCUGUGUCAUUGCCAAGGUGUUGUUGGCUGCAGUGAAUGCUUUUGGAACCAAACUUAAGGCUUCAAAUGUGGAACCCUAGGCCUUCAUUGGAUUUUGGAAGAAGUUGACUGCCUGGAAGGAAGUUACAAAACAUGAAAGUCACUUUGGGGUGACCAGCAACUACAGUGGCCCUUUGCAUCUCCCACACUGGAUCGAAGCUUAAGAACUGUAACUUCAGAUGUGGGAAUUUGGGCCCAGAGGGUGGGAGUGACAGCCCCAGUCAAAUCCUGUGGACCUUUGAGCCCUUUGAGGCCCACUGGGCAACCCCUCUUCACCAGGGUUUGAAGUUAGAGUCCCUUGCAAGCACCUUCCUUCCAAUGGCGGACCAGAGAAUGGACAUUUCCUCAACCAUCAGCGACUUCAUGUCUCCGGGCCCCACCGACCUACUCUCCGGUUCCCUGGGCACCAGUGGUGUGGACUGCAAUCGCAAGAGGAAAGGCAGUGCCACUGACUACCAACUUGAUGACUUUGCUUUUGAAGAAAGUAUGGACACAGACAAAGAUGACCCUCAUGGAAGGUUAGAAUAUGCAGAACACCAAGGAAGGAUCAAGAAUGCAAGGGAGGCCCACAGUCAGAUUGAAAAGAGGCGUCGGGACAAAAUGAACAGUUUCAUUGAUGAAUUGGCUUCUUUGGUACCAACAUGCAAUGCAAUGUCCAGGAAGUUAGAUAAACUCACCGUGCUAAGGAUGGCUGUUCAGCACAUGAAAACUUUGAGAGGUGCCACCAACCCAUACACAGAAGCAAACUACAAGCCAACAUUUCUAUCAGAUGACGAACUGAAACACCUAAUUCUCAGGGCAGCAGAUGGAUUUUUGUUUGUCGUAGGAUGUGACCGAGGGAAGAUCCUCUUUGUCUCCGAGUCUGUCUUCAAGAUCCUCAAUUAUAGCCAGAAUGACCUUAUUGGCCAGAGCUUGUUUGACUACCUGCAUCCAAAAGAUAUUGCCAAAGUUAAGGAACAGCUAUCUUCCUCGGACACUGCGCCCCGGGAGCGACUCAUUGAUGCCAAGACUGGACUUCCGGUUAAAACGGAUAUAACCCCUGGGCCCUCCCGGCUAUGCUCUGGAGCCCGCCGCUCUUUCUUCUGUAGAAUGAAGUGCAACAGGCCUUCAGUAAAGGUGGAAGAUAAGGACUUCGCCUCUACCUGUUCAAAGAAAAAAGCAGAUCGAAAAAGCUUCUGCACAAUCCACAGCACAGGCUAUUUGAAAAGCUGGCCACCCACGAAGAUGGGGCUGGACGAAGACAAUGAGCCAGACAACGAGGGCUGCAACCUCAGCUGCCUCGUUGCAAUCGGGCGCCUGCACUCGCACAUGGUUCCACAACCAGCGAACGGGGAAAUACGGGUGAAAUCUAUGGAGUACGUUUCUCGACACGCAAUAGAUGGGAAAUUUGUUUUUGUAGAUCAGAGGGCGACAGCUAUUUUGGCGUAUCUACCACAGGAACUUCUAGGUACAUCAUGUUAUGAGUAUUUUCAUCAAGACGACAUAGGACACCUCGCAGAAUGUCACAGGCAAGUUUUACAGACAAGAGAAAAGAUCACAACUAAUUGCUAUAAGUUUAAGAUCAAAGAUGGUUCUUUUAUCACGCUACGAAGUCGAUGGUUCAGUUUCAUGAACCCGUGGACCAAGGAAGUUGAAUACAUUGUCUCAACCAACACUGUUGUUUUAGCCAAUGUCCUGGAAGGCGGGGACCCAACCUUCCCGCAGCUAACAGCACCCCCCCACAGCAUGGACAGCAUGCUGCCCUCUGGAGAAGAUUCCUUUGUUGUAGGUGGCCCAAAGAGGACUCAUCCCACUGUCCCAGGCAUUCCAGGGGGAACCAGAGCCGGAGCAGGAAAAAUAGGUCGAAUGAUCGCGGAGGAAAUCAUGGAAAUCCACAGGAUAAGAGGGUCAUCGCCUUCCAGCUGUGGCUCCAGCCCGCUGAACAUCACAAGUACGCCUCCCCCUGAUGCCUCUUCUCCAGGAGGCAAGAAGAUUCUAAAUGGAGGGACUCCAGACAUUCCUUCCACUGGACUAUUACCAGGGCAGGCUCAGGAGACCCCAGGGUAUCCCUAUUCUGAUAGUUCUUCUAUUCUUGGUGAGAACCCCCACAUAGGCAUCGAUAUGAUAGAUAACGACCAAGGAUCAAGUAGUCCCAGUAACGAUGAGGCAGCAAUGGCUGUCAUCAUGAGCCUCUUGGAAGCAGAUGCGGGGCUGGGUGGCCCCGUUGACUUUAGUGACUUGCCAUGGCCGCUGUAGACACUACAUUUGCUUUGGCAACAGCUGCAGUAUCAAAGUGCAUUAAUGGUGAAGUUUUACAGUCUGUGAAGCUUACUGGAUAGAGAGAGAACAGCUUUUAUGUACUGACUCCAUAAAAGCCACCUCAGAGCCAUUGAUACAAGUCAAUCUACCAUGUGUAACUUCAGACAAAGUGGAACUAAACCUGCUCCAGUGUUUCCUCAUCAUUGAGUUUGGGCUAGCUGUGGAUAGCUUGCAUUAAUUGUAUAUUUUGGAUUUUGUUUGUGUUGAAUUUUUUAAUCAUUGUGCACAGAAGCAUCAUUGGUAGCUUUUAUAUGCAAAAUGGUCAUUUCAGAUGUAUGGUGUUUUUACACUACAAAGAAGUCCCCCAUGUGGAUAUUUCUUAUACUAAUUGUAUCAUAAAGCUGUUUAUUCUUCCUUGUAAGAAUCCUUUACUAUAAAUAUGGGUUAAAGUAUAAUGUAUUAGACAGUUAAAUAUUUUUAAUAAAUGUUUCCCUUGUUCUAUAA